GAACCUUGAGGGGUAUAUACUGGGAACAGUGGAGAAGCCUAUCGAGGAAAAUUCGAAAGAGGCCCAGAAGUGGAAAGCAACAAAUGCAUUGGUGAGAGCUUGGCUUUUAAGCUCAAUAUCAUCUCAGAUUGCAAAGCAAGUUGAAAGGAUUAAGGAGGCCUCAUAAAUUUGGAGGCUCCUGAAGGGGACAUAUUCAGGUGUAGGGAAUGAGAUGUUGGCAUGUAGGAUUCAAAAGGAACUACAGGAGCUAGGCCAGGGUGAGAAGACUGUUGUGGAAUAUGUGUCAGAAUUGAAAAGGUUGUGGAGUGAUCUUGAUUACUAUGAUCCAGUUGAGAUGGAAUGUGGGAAAUGUGUUGAGAAACAUAGUAAAUGGACUGAAAGAAGGCGUCUUAGGGACUUCUUAAAUGGUCUUCAUCCUAAGUUCGAGAAUAGGAGAGCAGCACUUUAUGGUAGUGAGAAGUUGCCCAGUCUAGAGCAAGCAAUUGCUGCAAUUAUAAGCGAGGAAACUCGGUUGAAAUUGGAGACAACAUGACCCAUGGCCCAAGGUGUCUCACAAAGGCGUUCAGCUCUCCUUGCUGUCGAGAGUGGUAAUUAUCCAAGACCAGGAGCAAAUACUCAUGAGAAGAAGUGCUUUGAAUGUGGCCAGCCAGGACACUUCAAGGCAGCCUGCCCACAACUAAUAGGAGGAGGUCGUGGUAGAGGCCUGGACUGGCAUGGCAGAGGACGUGGUCGCGGGCUUGAUGGACGUGGUGGUGGUCGUGGAAGAGGUAUGCAGUCAAUAGGAAGGGCACACACUUCUGCUGUUGUUGAAGAACCAUCUAGGACUGUGAGCAUCGAGAUGACUGCCGAUGAGUUAGAGAAAUGGCGUCAACUAAAGAAUUUGAGCCUUGGUGAUCUGCGGCCCUCGGAGACACAUGCAUCAUCUUCGUCAGCCAACUUCGCUGGAACUUGGGACUGGAUGAAAGCUUGGGACGGGGAGCAUGCGUGAUGGGUUAUAUUACCUGGAUAAUAAGAUAUUCCCUACUGUGGCUGCUGCAGUGUCCUCCUCACCCCUAGAAGAAUUUCUACUUCAACAUCGUCGCUUGGGACAUCUAUCUUUUGCUACUCUGGGUCAGCUCUACCCUAAUCUUUAUUGUAAAAUUAGCAAGGAACAACUAAUGUGUGAUGCUUGUCAGUUCGGAAAG